AUGUACUCCAAGAAGUUUGCAACUAUGGCCUUGAUGCCGCAUAGAUCCCAGGGUGAUGAACAGCUCAGUAAUAUUGGAUCGUUGAGGGGUUCUCCUGUAAAUAGUACGGCCUCCUCAGGAGCGGCUGGAAAGCAGCGGCUGCGGUGGACUUCAGAUCUUCAUGAUCGCUUUGUUGAUGCCAUUACGCAACUUGGGGGACCAGACAGUGGGUAUUUUGUGUACAGUAUUUCCUUUCCAUUUUCUUCCAGAAGAAAGUCAUCUCUUGAGAGGAAUAUUUAGGUCUUUAAACAGUCUCAAUUCUCAUAAGAACAGAAUAGUUUUACUUGACGAAUUUUGCAGAGGCAGAGCUAAAAAUUUCCGGAAUUUGGUUAAAUUUAUUACGUCACUUGAAUUUGGUUAAUUGAAGGAAUUCCAUUAGCUCAAUGCAUUAUUACCAAUCUCCUGCCCCUUUUUGUUUGUUCGGGACUAAUAAAUAUAAAAGUUUGUGACCAUGCUGCAAAUUUAUUAGUGAAAAUAAUAUAAAUGUUUCUAAUUAAUAGAAAUCAUGGCACCCCUAAGGUUUUGAUGCUCAGAUGCUUUUGAUGUUUCUUGUUGUACUCUUUGUUUUCAAUGAUGGCUUUUGACAUCUGGCGCUGUCAUUUGUGCCAUCCCAGCAAUUUUUAUACCUGAAAAUACGGAUUACGAGACAUCUUAAAUUGUUUAUUUUUUGUUUCUGUGUUCUCUUAUGUGGUGGCAUCGUUUUGCCUAUGUGACAGUGCAAGGUGAAAUCUUUGCACAUAACAGUUUUCAUCUAUUCUGCCAAGGAAAACUGGUAUUUUUUUAGUCAACCACAUGAGCUGUACCCAAGCUUCGAAAGUCAAUCCCAUCCCGCCCCCCUUCCUUUUGUUGAAGCUAAAUAAUUGGGUUUAUUAGAAUCUUAGAAAUCCCUUGGCCAGGUUUAGCUAUCGAGUCUUUAGUUAAGCUAAGCUAUCGCUUGGAAAUCCCUCUUGGUCAAACUGGUGUCUUGCAUUCUGGAUGAUGAAAACUGGCUUCUGCUCUGGUUUUCUUCAUUCGCAUCAGAGAAAACCAGACCGCACCGUGGAUCUGGAAGGGCCAACUUUCCCAAACUCAAUCUAUCUCUCAGAUGACCGGAUCAAGCUGUUCUAUGCUCAAUCCGGAGUAAAAAGGCCGGCACUUCCAAAAAUGGCAUUAUUGCCAUCCAAUUGGGUCCAAUGCGGCGGAUUUUCCCAAAAAUAACACUCAUUUCACAAAUGAAUAUUUUUUAUAAGACAUUUUUUUAAAAACUAUUUGGGUUUAUUUGGUUGAUACACUCGUCUUAUUCCCCCCUGGCUUUUAAACAAUGAUGAUGCUUUUAUUUAUAUUCUUUCCUCUCUGCGAACACAGGAGCUACACCGAAAGGUGUUCUUAAGGUCAUGGGUGUACCUGGGCUGACCAUCUAUCACGUCAAAAGCCAUUUACAGGUGAUCUCGUUGACUUUUUUGUUUUUUGUUUUCCCUUCCUCUCGUUAAUAUUUCUUAUCCCACAUUUUCUUCACAGACUAUUAAAUUGACUACUUUCGUCUUGGUUCUGGUGGCAGAAAUAUCGCCUUGCAAAGUAUUUACCAGAAUCUCCAGCAGACGGUGAGGAUGAACAGCUCUGAAUCACCUCCUUUUUUUUUUUUUUUAAUUACCUGCUGCUAAUAAACCCCCUUUUUAAAAAGGAUUAAAGGACGAGAAAAGGGAUUGCAACGACGGCCUUGCUAGCUUGGAUCCCACAUCGUAAGCUGAUUACUAAUUUCCAGUACUAUUAGUAGAAUUAUUAAGCGAUUUAAUCGAUUUUAAAAUGGGUGAUUAUUGGUUGAUUGCUCCAAUCUUUCUCUUGAUUAAUGUCUCAGGGGGCUCCAGAUUACUGAAGCUCUGAAGAUGCAGAUGGAAGUGCAGAAGCGGCUGCAUGAACAGCUUGAGGUCCGUUCUUCUCUCUGCCGCCAUUGUCGAAUGCUUGAGCUCUUUUUUCCCAUGGGAUUUCCAUCCGAGGUCCUCACAUCCCGCCGCCCACUUUCAGGUGCAGAGACAGCUGCAGAUGAGGAUUGAAGCGCAGGGGAGGUAUCUGCAGAAGAUCAUCGAAGAACAGCAGAAGCUUGGCAGUGCACCGUCAUCUUCCAAGCCUCCUGCAACCGAUGGCAACCGGACCGUCUCUGGAUCCCCGUCGCCACCGCCGCCGCUGUCAGAAGAAGGCGGCGGCGCCACCACCAACACCACCCCCUCCUCCUCCCUCAAGAGAGCAAGGAUUGGCGGCUCGCCGCCGCCGUCUGCUUCCUCGUCGAGCCCAUAA